GCACUUCAAACCUGAAGCAAUCUGCAGUCAGAAUCUUUGGUGUUUUAAUAGUCCAAGAUACCAGAACCUCUUCAAUCGAAACUCUGACAGCUGUGCAAGAGGACAUCCUUAAUCCUUCAAGCCAGGCUUCAGUUUCUCUUGACUCCUCUUUGUAGUCUUUGAGCAUUGCCUGUUACCCCAUUAUAAUUGCUGUUACAAAUCAUAAUUAUGUUUUGUGGGCAGUUGAGUGAAACAGAAAAAGAUGUAAAAGUGGCCUUAUGGUAAAAAGGAUUGUUUGCAUUACUGGUACCAAAAUCAGUAUGUUCUCUCCCAGUCUCAGAAGUCACAGUCCUGCAUUUGCCUAGCGUCACUAGAUAUAGUGACUCUUUUUUUAGACAGGCAGCACCAGUGUUUUUAUUGCCAUUUGGUAUAAUUAGGUUUAAGCAAGACAAUCUUAAACACAACAUUCUCUUUUAUAGUACAGGUUUCAUGGACAUUUCCAGAUUCUCUUUGUAGUCUCAGUUUCUGAAUCCUGAAUUCUGAAGUUUUGUUGUCUGUAUUUAAAUAUAGUGUAAUUGAAACCUUAUAGUGAAGAAUGGAAUGAAGCCAAAUUGAUAUUCAGUAGUUUCCUUAAGAUGGCUUGAAUGACAUCUGUCCAUCUUGGUAUAUCUUCCUGGGGAAGAAUGGUCUGUUUCUGAGCUGAAUUCACUAUAGGUUUUUUAACUUUUUCUUUUUUUUUUUUUUUUUUUUUUUUUUGGUGUGUAAAUAGACCUGAAAAUAAAGAUAUAAGACUGGAUGCCUAUCUGGUGCUUUACUCAUCAUACACUAUUCCUAUUUCCCACUUAAUAUGUGUCAGCUAAGCUGAAAAAUUCCAUAUGCUGUCACUUUAAAAGUUGAAGAUGUGCAGCAACUUAUAUAUGUUAGUCUCUGGAGUUCAUCUCUGCUUUUUUUUUGCAAAUUUAAUCUGUUUUCUAAAUAAUCAAAAUUUUGUUUUGGUUGCUUAAGAUUGCAGUCUACCUUGCUCGUAUAACAAAUUAGUUUCCAAUGCCUGAAUUUCCAAACAGGGAAAGAAAUACAUAUAUUUUUAAUAAAAAUUCAAGUAGUAGUUGUGCCUUCAAGACAAUGUGUUCUUGGUUUCCUUCUAUUUUUAACCAAAAGGCAUUCAUUCAUUAGCACUCUAAAAUACCAUUUAAGCAAGGAGCACCUGACUGUAUGCUUUGCACUUGACUGUAUGCUUUCAUCUUAUUUCAGCUCUGUAGAAAAUCUUAUAUUUGGAAUUUUUGUGACCAGUUUUGGUGUUCCCAAAACUUUACUAAUAUUUUAUUUUCGUGGUGUGAGAUUGUAUCCUAUGUAAAGCAUCCUCUUGUGGAUCCUCGCAGUUGUAGAAUAGGCACUCAUGCUGUAUUUCCUGCCAUUGUGCGUUUGGCUCUAGGUUUUCAGGAGCAAUCAUCUUUGUGUUAAAGUCCCAUUGCUUCUCUCUUGUUUUCCUUUUGUGUUUAUGAAUGUUAUGGUAUUACUCUGCCAAGGCCAUCAGAAGCAGUUGUUACCUUUCGUGUUUCUUCACUUUGCUGGAACACAGGUCUGAAAAGAUUGAGGUACUGACAAAACAUGAAGGAACCUCUGGCUUCCCAGUAGAAGCUGCUAAGUAGAUGGGCAGAUACUGUUUGCUGGUCGCGACUACUACCAAAAAUGUACUUGCAGCUCAGAAAAAAAGAAAAUUCAAAAAGAGAAAAUAGUUUUCUUCACAAAGUAGAUAAACUCUUCUUCAAAUUUCACAAAUAGCAUUAUAGGCUAGUGAAGAUGGAAAUGAGCUUUUUCUCAUGCUGCUUCUCACACUCAUUUUACAUCAAAAUGGCCAUUUACUGCAGCAAAAUUUAAGACUGAUUUAAUACUGAUUUAUUUUGGAUAAGGAAGGACAGAACAUAAAACCACAAUAUUUUCUUCUUCUCUUGUGUUUCAAAUAUCGCUGUUAAAUAGAUAUUUAAUCUCUUGAGAUACCUAUAGUUUCUGGAAUAUAGUAUCUGCAUCAAACCAUCUGGACUGUUUCUCCACAGUUCUGGUGAAUGAGACUUCUAAGCAUGUUCUAUAAUUUCUAUAUGGUUUUGCAGAGUAGAUAAGACAGCAGAUAGCAGAUCCUGGCCUUAAUAGGACCAUACAUACAUUAGGAAUAAUUUUCCUUAGAAUCAUAUUACAAAAGAAAUUUAUAGGAUAUUGAAGAAACAGGGCUUGCAGGUCAGUGUAUUUAGCUUGUUGAAUAUACUGCUGAAACAACAUUUCACUUAAUUACUUUUUAAAUUGGGUCUGUGUUCUACGGAAUUUAAAAUAAUAAUUAGGUAAAUUUUUCAGUAUUAAUAAAGCACUCACAUUUUUCAUAAUAUACUUGCAGUCUUUCUGGAUUUUCUUCAUCCAGACAAUAUAUAUCAUAGUACAUAUAUUUAAUAUAUUUUAUUUAAGUAUAAAGCAAAAAAAGUUAUGAAAGGGGAAAGGGAAUGUAAGUAGAUAAUGCAAGAGAUCUUGCUACAUCAUUCAAAGGCUCUUUAGUAAUGAUUCAUUAUUAUAAGAAAGGAUUUUAAAAAAAUAACUACUACCAAUUAAGUCUCUGGAAUACAUAUUAUAUAUGUUUAACCUGUCUAACUGAAAUUUCACAUCCUUCCACAAUAGUUCCACUGGAAAUUGUACCUUUCAGUGCAGUUAGGUACUAGUCAUACCUAAUGAAGUUUGCAAAAUACAUCUGCAAAAUACUCAGAAAUGGUGGUUUUAUUUAUGACCAAGUGAUUUUUACACUUUCAAAAUACAAUCUGUACUUAGAGUUACAUUAACUUCCAAAAUAAUGAAACACUUUAAGUGACUGUGAAAAGUGUCCUUUAAAUGAUACUCAGUGUUUGAAACAGUCUUUAAAUAACUUCAAAUCUGAAUAAAAUAGCUGAGCAACACAAAAGUGGCAGUACCUUAUUUAAAACUAGCCAGUCAGACAUUGCAAGCUAGCCAGAUGUAGUUGGAAGCCAACUGCUGUUCUCAUAUUCACUAGUAAAGAGUCAGCCUUCUGGAAUUAAUUCAGUAGUACUGGUCUAAGGAAUGUGAUGUGAAAUCCCAACUCAUAUCUUGAUGUUUCUGUGCUAAUCGUAUUUGUCAAAACUCUCAGACAUCUCUGACUGCUAUGCAAGAUUGUAGUCAAUACAUUUCUCCUGUAAGGAUGGUGAUCAUAUUUGAAGGAAGGCAAGGAUAAUGUGCUCUUUCAAGAAAACUUUUUUUCCAAGACUUCCAAAUUUUUACAAAAAAGUUUACUGGUUUUGAGAGUUGUGGAUUUUUUUCUUUUUUUUUUUUUUUUUUUUUUAAUAAACAGUCUGAAAAAAUCCUGUUGGUAGGUUACAAAAAAUACAAUGAGGUUAUGAUAUUCUCUUGGACUAUUACAAAGUAAAAAAAAAAAAAAAAAAGUCAAAAAACCUCUUUCUUAAGAAGAUCAUACCAUGUCGUAAGGCUGGAGAUGGAUGUAAAGCUACAAAGAAAAUCACUUACCAGAUUUAUGGUGGGCUGUGGCAGAUGUGAUGAUUGGUUUCAUGGUGAUUGUGUUGGACUGAGUCUUUCUCAAGCACAGCAGAUGGGUGAAGAGGAUAAAGAAUAUGUGUGUGUGAAAUGCUGUGCUGAAGAAGACAAAAAAAUGGAGUGUUUUGAUCAAACUGUACCAGAUACUCAAGUGAAACUUGAAAUCCAUAUAGAAGAAAAAGCAGUUGAGUGUGAAAAACCAGGGAUGUCGAAGCAAACACCUGCCUGUAAUCUAAAUGUAACAAGUGAAAAAACAAAGCAAACAGAGGACACUGGGAAGCACAAAGUCAAGAUCUUCAGGCGGGAAUCUGGUGAUGGGAAGAACUUGUCCGAGUCCAGAGACUUGGAUACUAAAAAAGGGCAACAUGUUCCUGCUCGAAAAGGAUCACAAACUGCUGUAAUUCCUCGGCGGUCCACUGAAGAUAAAAAUGAAAAAAUAACUAAAGAAUCCCUUGGUGUGGUUGAAAGGUCCAUGAAAUCAGGUGUUCAUGAGAAACAAGAAAUUAAGAAAAAGAAAAACGAGAAGGGAAAUGUUAGUGCAACACACGUGCCAGCUGUGCCAGCUUCUAAACCUUCUGCUGAUCAGAUAAGACAAAGUGUCAAGCAGUCUCUUAAGGAAAUUCUGAUGAAAAGGUUGACAGAUUCCAGUUUAAAGAUUCCUGAGGAGAGAGCAGGAAAAGUUGCCACAAGGAUUGAGAGAGAGUUGUUUUCUUUUUUUCGGGACACUGACUCAAAGUACAAGAACAAAUACCGAAGUUUAAUGUUCAAUCUAAAAGAUCCUAAAAAUAAUAUAUUAUUUAAGAAAGUACUGAAAGGGGAGGUUACACCAGACCAUCUAAUAAAAAUGAGCCCAGAAGAACUGGCUUCCAAAGAACUGGCUGCUUGGAGACGGAGAGAAAACAGACACACAAUUGAAAUGAUUGAGAAAGAACAGAGAGAAGUUGAAAGAAGACCUAUCACAAAAAUUACUCACAAAGGAGAAAUAGAAAUUGAAAGUGAAACACCAAUGAAAGAGCAAGAGGAAGUUAUGGAAAUUCAGGAACCUAAUACGAAGGUUUUUGAGAAGUCAGAGGAAGCUGAAAAAGAUAAAGAAGCAAAUGAAUCUGCAUCUCCAGACACUACAAGUCAACAUAAAAAUCAUCUCUUUGAUCUUAACUGCAAAAUCUGCAUAGGCCGAAUGGCACCACCUACUGAUGAUCUUUCUGCAAAAAAAGUGAAAGUAUCUGUUGGAGUUGCACGGAAGCAGUCGGACAACGAAGCAGAGAGCAUUGCAGAUGCCCUUUCGUCAACGUCAAGUAUUUUAGCUUCAGAAUUACUGGAAGAUGAUAAGCAAGACUCAUCAAAAUCAUCAUUGACACCUCUCCCAAAGUCAGAAACACCUGGAACUGUGGAAUGUGAAAGUCUGUUUCUGGCACGUCUGAAUUUCAUCUGGAAGGGUUUCAUCAAUAUGCCUUCAGUGGCAAAGUUUGUCAUUAAGGCUUAUCCAGUUUCUGGCUCUUUUGAUUAUUUAACGGAGGAUUUACCUGAUAGUAUUCAAGUAGGUGGCAGAAUAUCACCUCACACUGUCUGGGAGUAUGUAGAAAAAAUCAAAGCUUCUGGGACCAAGGAGAUCUGUGUAGUUCGCUUUACCCCUGUCACUGAAGAGGAUCAGAUAUCCUAUGCAUUGUUGUUUGCCUAUUUCAGCAGUAGAAAACGCUAUGGUGUAGCAGCUAAUAACAUGAAGCAAGUGAAAGAUUUGUACCUCAUCCCUUUAGGUUCCUCAGAUAAAGUCCCACAUCAUCUUGUGCCUUUUGAUGGGCCUGGGAUUGAAAUACAUCGACCAAACUUAUUACUGGGAUUGAUAAUUCGCCAGAAAAUGAAGAGGCAGAUUACUGCUGUUGCAAGUGUUACUAGUAGUUUUGUGGAUGAAACUUCUGAAAGUACCUUGAGUAGCUUGCCACCAGAGAAGAAAAGCAAGCCAAACAAACCUGAAGUUUCUCAUCAUGAGUUGGCACUAGAAGAAGAAGAGGAAAAUGAUUUUUUUAAUUCCUUCACAACUGUGCUACACAAGCAGAGAAAUAAACCUCAGCAAUCUAAUAUAGAUGAUGUUCCAGCAGUUACUGAACCAUUGGUAGAAAGUACCAAACAUGAACCACCAAAGCCCCUCAGAUUUCUUCCUGGAGUCUUGGUUGGAUGGGAAAAUCAGCCUUCAACUCUGGAGCUUGCAAAUAAACCGCUCCCAGUCGAUGAUAUUCUUCAAAGCCUGUUGGGUACGACAGGGCAAGCAUAUGAGCCCAGCAAGUCAGAAGCAGGUUCCAGUGAAGACAUACCAUUAUUAAAUGAGCAGUCAACCUCAAAAGAAGAAAACAUGGAUGUUGCUGAUGUAACUACUGAAGGUAGUGAAGCAAAGACUGGUUUGGAUGAUCUACAAGAGUCCACUAACGCAACUGUAACUGUGGAUGCAGCAGCUGUAGGUACCUCAAGUUCUGCAAGAAGUGCUGGAUCUUUAAUAGGGCUGAGUCUUAAGGGAAAACCUCCAGAUGUCUCUACAGAAGCAUUUUUAGCAAAUUUAUCUGCUCAGUCACAGAAUAAAGAAACUGAAGAAAGUAAAGAAAAUGACCCAAAACAGCAGUUACCUGACAAGGAUAAUGUUGCACAGGAAGUUAGAAGGACCACAAGUUCCAGCUUUUCUUCCUCACCAAAUGCAGGGAAAAUAAACAAUGAGAACAACAUUAAUGUUGGCUCUGCUGAAGGUAGCACUGCUAAUACCUCUAAAUCACCACCAUUUAUUAAUCUUAAACGAGACCCACGACAGGCAGCUGGACGAAGCCAGCAGACUAAUACUUUGGAAAACAAGGAAGGAGACAUUAGCAGAAAUGAAGACCGACAGAAUGCUUCAGGAAAUGAUCAAGUGGAACCAGAAAAUAAACGAUCUUCUGGAGAAGUGGGCUUAAGCCUGUAUCAAAGUGACCCGCAAACCAGUGAGGCACAGUACAGUUCAGCUGCAGCAAAAGCAGAUAACGUGUGUGCAUCACAAACGGAAGGUACCAAACACUCGCAGGAAGAUGCACUGAUGCAAAACAUUGAAACAGUGAACUCAUUUAGAAGAGGACCAGCAGCAGCUUCAUCUCAUUUUGAAUCUGAAAACUCUUCUCGUUCUGAAUUCAUUUCCAAAGUCCAAAGCCCUGUUACAAGUGGCAGCUUCCCAUCUGUUAGACCUCCACAGCAGAAUUUCCAGCAUCCUAAACCUAAUCCCCCUGGAUUUCAGUUUCAGGCUCCUGCACCUCAUAACUUUCCCCCACAGAACAACCCUAUGUUUGGAUUUCCUCCUCAUUUACCACCUCCGCUUCUUCCUCCUCCAGGCUUUGGCUUUUCUCAGAAUCCGAUGAUGCCAUGGCCACCUGUUGCUCAUUUAUCAGGUCAGCCACCGCGCUAUGCCGGACCCAUUGGACAAGGGCUACCGGUGGCUCACAAACAAUCAAGAUUUUUGGGGCCAGAAAAUUUUUUUCAGAGUAAAGAUAGUAGGAGACAAGAAAGACGCCACAGCGAUCCUUGGGGCAGACAAGAACAGCAUUUGGAGAGAGGAUUCAGUAGAGGAAAAAAUGAUCAACACAGGCAAAGAUUUUACAGUGAAUCCCAUCCCCAAAAGAAAGACAGACAUGAGAAAGAGUGGAACAACGAAAAAUAUUGGGAGCCAGAUUCUGAAAGAAACAGACGCAGAGACAGAAACCAAGAAAAAGAGAGAGAGAGGAAAAGCAGAGAGGAAGGACAGAGAGACAAAGAAAGAUUGCGGUCUCCCCACAGUGACAGGGCUGCUGAUGGAAAAAGCCCCAGAGAGACUAGAAAUCCAGAAAAAAAGACGGAAAAGCCUAAAAGUGAAGAACAGGCUCAUGAAAAAGAUAAGGAGAGGGAGAAAGGCAAAGAGAAGCAUAGAGAACGAGAAAGUGAGAAGAACAGAGAGAGACAUAGGGACCACAGUGAUAAAACUAAAAGCAAAAGGUAAAAAGAUGCAGGCAGUCUUUUAAAAUCCUAUUUAAAUAAACUGUUAGAGUAACGUCAUAAAACUUUGUAUAAAAAAAAAGCCUGCUAGGAUUGUGCCAUCUUUUUUAUUCAGUGUUGGUGUUUUGCAGAAACAAGUCUGUCUUCUGGUACCACUCGAUGUACCAAUACUCAUCCUUUUUUUCAUUAUACCAACUAUCGCUAGAAGUAGGAGUUCAAUAUUUUUAAAAGUUUUACAUUGCUGUAUAUUCAAAAUUUUCAAGAUUUCUUUUAUUAAUAUGCAAUAAAGGCUUAGAAAUUUUCUUAGCUGAUGAAGUUGGCUUAAGUCUGCAGUAUAAUUGCUGCCUUUGGUAAUUUGUGCUCUCUUCUGUUUUAAGAUGCUCUGCUAAUUUUCAAGGUGAAUUUCAUACAAUAACCUUUUUAAAUUGCACUGUUUUUACAGACUGUAGCAAAGGGCCUCAGAAUCCACAAACAUUAUAACAAAAUAUAAUAUGUCCGGAGGUGUGAAGAGUUGGUGUUUUUUUUUUAAAUUAUUCAGUAGGCCAACAAAAUAAUUGAAGUGUGUUUCAUUAGUUUUUCAAGUAUUUCCUAAGCAUCUGAAGCAGUUUGUGACCAGAAAUUGAAAGGCUGAGCUGCUCAAAUGUUACUGCUUUAAACUGCACUUGUUUUAAUAAGAAAGCAUUUUUAACCUAAAUUCUUGAAAAUAUGAUUUGUAGUAGUAAAUUCAUUUCUCCCACCAUUUUCCAUGCUUCAAAAACUUGAAUAUCUAAGCUUGUACAUUACUUUGUGUUUUGCUAUCCUUUUUACUGUAAAAUGUAAAUAUUUUAAGGGAUAUUUUGAUUCUAAAACGAUAAAACUUUCUCACAUAC